AUGGUGAAGACUGAGCAGAAGAUCCAACAGGAGCCAAUAUCUAAGGCAAUGCCAUCAACAUCAUCAUCAAGCAAGAAAAAGAAGUACAAGGAAGUGAGAAUGAGAAGUUGGGGUUCAUGGGUGUCAGAGAUUAGAUCACCAAAUCAGAAAACAAGAAUAUGGUUGGGCUCUUAUUCUACACCUGAAGCCGCAGCUAGAGCUUAUGAUGCUGCACUUUUAUGCCUCAAAGGAUCUUCCGCAGAAAAAAACUCAUGGAAAUGUCAAAGAAUAUAA